AUAUAUGAACGGAAGGAAAGUGCAAGGAAAUUUCUGAGAUUAAAAGAAUUUUCCAACUCAGCAAUGAGGAAUGGCAACAACAACUGCAGCCGUACUAUCUCAUCCGCAUCCGUCAAGUGCCCACCACCGAAGCGCACGCAGCUGCCAAUAAGCUUCAGCGCUCCAGCAGUAUUCUAUGAGCACUGCGAUGUCUGUGUAUUAGCUGCUUAUUGCUUAGCAGCGGGCGUUGCAUUGCUUGAGCUCUGAUGCAUGUGCUGCGGGCGCUUUUGUCUCAGCUCCUGAAUUUACUGGGUUUAAAUUCAAAUCUCAGCAUUGUAACUGCCAGUCAACGGCGGAUGUUCAGCGCAAUUAGACGUGCAAAGCGAAAAGUGAAAGCAACUUCAAAGCGAUUAAGGCAAUCAGAGAAAGUGAUAUAAAAAAUAUUCUAGAAUAUUAUUUAAAUAGCGAAAUUUUAAUUUUUGUUUAAAUUGCAUUUGUGUUUCAUGGGAAUUAAAUGAUUUCGAAAAUGGUUGCUAUAUAUACGCGUUUUAAAGCCUAAAAGCGCUUAUAUUAUGUGAAAGCAAUCAAAACCUAAACGGUGUUACAUAAGUUUCUGAGUGAAAAAAAUUGAAGUGUUUUCCAGAAGCUUCUGCUUAUGAAGGAAUAAUGAAAAUAUUAUAAGAGCCAUUGAUGUGUUUGUGAAUUUGAAAAUUGGCAAAAAAAAAUCGCACAAAAAAAUCUUCAUAAUUAUAUAAAAUAUACACUUCGUAAUGGAGUAUCAAAUAUUUCUCUUGGUGAUAUUUUCAAUAUGUUUAGAGAAAUUCACAACGGGCGAAUACCAGCAAAGCUUGGCGAUAACAGAUAUUUUGCCCGAGGACAUAAAGCGAUAUGACAAAAUGCGUCCACCCAAAAAGGAUGGGCAACCAACAAUUGUUUAUUUUCACGUCACCGUAAUGGGUCUUGAUUCGAUUGACGAGAACUCGAUGACAUAUGUCGCGGAUGUGUUUUUCGCGCAAACAUGGAAAGAUCACCGUUUACGACUGCCCGAGAACAUGACACAAGAGUACAGAUUACUGGAGGUCGAUUGGUUGAAGAAUAUGUGGCGACCAGACUCUUUCUUCAAAAAUGCCAAAUCAGUAACUUUUCAAACGAUGACAAUUCCUAAUCAUUACAUGUGGUUGUACAAGGAUAAGACCAUACUCUAUAUGGUGAAGCUGACAUUGAAACUGUCAUGCAUCAUGAAUUUCGCCAUUUAUCCGCAUGAUACGCAAGAAUGCAAACUGCAGAUGGAAAGUUUGUCACACACAACAGACGACAUGAUCUUCCAGUGGGAUCCUACAACACCUUUAGUGGUUGAUGAAAAUAUUGAAUUGCCACAGGUGGCGCUGAUACGAAAUGAAACAGCAGAUUGCACACAAGUAUAUUCGACGGGCAACUUCACCUGCCUCGAGGUCGUUUUUACGCUGAAACGCCGUCUGGUCUACUAUGUUUUCAACACUUACAUACCGACCUGUAUGAUUGUCAUAAUGUCUUGGGUCUCAUUUUGGAUCAAGCCCGAAGCAGCGCCAGCGCGUGUUACCUUGGGCGUCACCUCGCUGUUGACCUUGUCCACGCAACAUGCGAAGUCGCAAUCAUCUCUGCCGCCAGUUUCCUACUUAAAGGCGGUCGACGCGUUCAUGUCCGUUUGUACGGUGUUUGUGUUUAUGGCGCUAAUGGAAUAUUGCCUGAUAAAUAUUGUGUUGAGCGACACGCCGAUACCGAAACCAAUGGCCUAUCCGCCGAAGCCUGUGCCGGAAGGUGCGAAAAAGGAACCAGAAAAACCGCCAGCAACAGCUCCAACACCCGCACCGGCGAUCACACCCGCCAAAGUGGUGCCGGACGAAAAGAUUGAGAAGAUUGAGAAAAUAUUCGAUGAGAUGACCAAAAAUAAGCGGGUUGUGCACACACGUCGUGUUGUCCGCCCGCCACUCGACGCCGACGGUCCUUGGAUACCGCGUCAGGAGUCGCGCAUCAUACUGACCCCAACCAUUGCACCCGCACCACCGCCGCCACCGCCAGAACCCGAGCCGCCCAAGCCAAAGCUUACGCCACAGCAAGAGCGCCUGAAGAGAGCCAUUUAUAUUGAUCGCACAUCGAGGGUACUCUUCCCGGCACUCUUCGCCGGUCUCAACUCCAUUUAUUGGAUCAUAUUUUAUGAAUAUCUCUAAGCUGUCAUCUGCUGUGGCGCAUAUGCAUACAUACAGACAAUGUAUGAUUUGUUGUUUUAACUUAAAUCUCUAGAAUAAAUAAGUAAUAACAAUUAAUAAAUAAAUAUAUGUAUGUACGAAUAACUGUAAACACAAAAUAUGAGAAUAUGUAGAUUAUGUAGAUAUUGUUGUAGUGUUUAUGAACGGAAGUAGAGAAUUUUAUUCAAAUCGAUUUGCCAAAGCAAGUUCAUUAAAUCUAUUGUGUGUACGUAUUCUAUACAUAAAUAUGUAUGUAUGUUUGUUAAAGGUAAUAUGUAUUAUAUAUAAUAUAAAUACUUCUAUAGAUGAGGAUUAAGUUAAUGAGCGCACAGAGCUCUAUGUGAAAUUCUCAUAUAUUUUAUUUGUUACAACCACUUUGCCUUGGACACCGUUU